GAGGUCAGAGGUGAGGGAUGCGAGGCUUGCGCGGACCUUGGUGAAUAACUGUGGCGAGCUGUGAUCUCGCGCUUUGAGUUGGAAGAACCAGCUUAGAUGACGGCUUAGGACACCAAGACAUAAGCGGGGUUCGACUCUGACUGCUGCCUGCUGUACCCCUUGCCUGGAACUGGAACUGGAAGGAGAGUAUUCUGUAGUCUCGGUGGUGGCAGGUUGUUCCCAAAAGUAGGGACAACAGCUAGCGCAUUAAGCCAAGAUGUCAGGUGUUGGGAAUAAAAGAGCAGCAGGAGAGGCUGGCACAUCCGUGCCUCCAGAGAAGAAGGCAGCUGUUGAAGAUUCCGGGACUACAGUGGAAACAAUUAAGCUAGGGGGUGUUUCUUCAACGGAGGAGUUAGACAUCCGAACACUGCAAACCAAAAACCGCAAACUUGCAGAAAUGCUAGACCAGCGGCAGGCAAUUGAGGAUGAGCUUCGUGAGCACAUUGAAAAAUUGGAACGACGACAGGCCACUGAUGACGCUUCCCUGUUGAUUGUCAACCGGUACUGGAGUCAGUUUGAUGAAAACAUCCGUAUCAUCCUUAAACGUUACGAUCUGGAGCAGGGUUUGGGAGAUCUACUCACAGAAAGGAAAGCCCUUGUUGUGCCGGAACCGGAACCCGACUCGGACAGCAAUCAAGAACGCAAAGAUGACCGAGAGAGGGGGGAGGGGCAAGAGCCAGCUUUCUCUUUCCUUGCUACUUUGGCCAGCAGUUCCAGCGAAGAGAUGGAAUCUCAGUUGCAGGAGCGUGUGGAGUCCUCUCGCAGAGCUGUGUCCCAAAUUGUGACUGUCUAUGAUAAACUGCAAGAAAGGGUGGACUUUUUAUCCCGGAAACUGAACAGUGGAGAUAGUCUGAUAGUGGAGGAAGCAGUACAGGAGCUGAACUCCUUCCUCACACAAGAGAAUAUGAGGCUACAGGAGUUGACAGACUUGCUUCAGGAAAAGCAUCAUACCAUGUCUCAAGAGUUCUCCAAGUUGCAGAGCAAGGUGGAGACAGCUGAGUCACGAGUGUCUGUCCUGGAGUCCAUGAUUGAUGAUCUGCAGUGGGAUAUUGACAAAAUUCGAAAAAGGGAACAGCGACUCAACCGACACUUAGCAGAAGUUCUAGAACGGGUGAAUUCAAAAGGUUACAAGGUGUAUGGAGCAGGGAGCAGUCUCUAUGGCGGCACAAUCACAAUCAAUGCUCGGAAGUUUGAGGAAAUGAAUGCAGAGCUUGAGGAGAACAAAGAGUUGGCUCAGAACCGACACUGUGAACUGGAGAAACUUCGGCAAGACUUUGAGGAGGUCACGUCACAGAAUGAAAAGCUGAAGGUGGAACUGCGGAGUGCAGUGGAGGAGGUGGUGAAGGAAACCCCGGAAUAUCGCUGCAUGCAGUCGCAGUUCUCAGUGCUGUACAAUGAGAGUCUGCAGCUGAAAGCGCACUUGGAUGAGGCGCGAACCCUGCUUCAUGGCACCAGGGGGACUCACCAGCGCCAAGUUGAGCUCAUUGAGCGAGAUGAGGUUAGUCUUCAUAAGAAGCUGAGGACUGAAGUGAUUCAGCUGGAGGACACGCUGGCCCAGGUCCGCAAGGAGUACGAAAUGCUGCGGAUAGAAUUUGAGCAGACCCUUGCUGCCAAUGAGCAAGCAGGCCCUAUAAACCGGGAGAUGCGCCAUCUCAUCAGUAGUCUCCAGAAUCACAAUCACCAGCUGAAAGGGGAGGUCCUGAGGUAUAAGCGGAAGUUGAGAGAAGCCCAGUCCGACCUGAACAAGACACGUCUGCGUAGCGGCAGUGCCCUUCUGCAGUCGCAGUCUAGUACUGAGGACCCCAAGGAUGAACCCGCCGAGCUGAAGCAGGAUUCCGAGGACUUACCCAUCCAGUCCUCGGCGUCCAAGUCAUCUCAGGAGGAUGGCAGUGAAGUGAAGUCCAAGCGGGAUGAAGAAGAGCGAGAACGAGAAAGGAGGGAGAAAGAACGGGAGCGAGAAAGAGAACGAGAAAAGGAAAAGGAGAGAGAGCGAGAGAAGCAGAAAUUGAAGGAGUCAGAAAAGGAGAGAGAUUCUGUGAAGGAUAAGGAGAAGGGGAAACAUGAUGAUGGAAGGAAAAAGGAAGCAGAAAUUAUUAAACAACUGAAGAUCGAGCUGAAAAAGGCACAAGAGAGCCAAAAGGAGAUGAAGCUGUUGCUAGAUAUGUACCGCUCUGCCCCCAAGGAACAGAGGGACAAAGUGCAAUUAAUGGCAGCUGAGAAGAAGUCUAAGGCAGAGUUGGAGGAUCUAAGGCAAAGACUGAAGGACCUAGAAGAUAAGGAGAAAAAAGAGAACAGGAAAAUGGCUGAUGAGGAGGCGUUGAGGAAGAUCCGGGCAGUGGAGGAGCAGAUAGAGUACCUGCAGAAGAAGCUGGCCAUGGCCAAGCAGGAGGAAGAAGCUCUCCUCUCUGAGAUGGAUGUCACAGGCCAGGCCUUUGAAGAUAUGCAGGAACAGAAUAUCCGUCUGAUGCAGCAGUUGCGGGAGAAGGAUGAUGCAAAUUUUAAGCUCAUGUCAGAGCGAAUCAAAUCUAAUCAGAUCCAUAAGUUGCUGAAAGAAGAGAAGGAGGAGCUGGCAGACCAAGUUUUGACUCUGAAGACUCAGGUGGAUGCCCAGUUACAAGUAGUACGGAAACUGGAAGAGAAGGAACACCUGUUGCAGAGCAACAUUGGCACAGGAGAGAAGGAGCUGGGCCUGCGGACCCAAGCUUUGGAGAUGAACAAGCGCAAGGCAAUGGAGGCGGCCCAGCUUGCAGAUGACCUCAAAGCACAGCUGGAAUUGGCUCAGAAGAAGCUACAUGAUUUUCAGGAUGAGAUUGUGGAGAACAGUGUCACCAAAGAAAAGGACAUGUUCAAUUUCAAACGAGCCCAAGAGGACAUCUCUCGACUUCGAAGGAAGCUAGAGACUACAAAGAAACCAGACAACGUACCCAAAUGUGAUGAGAUUCUGAUGGAGGAGAUUAAGGAUUACAAGGCACGUUUGACCUGUCCAUGCUGCAACAUGCGUAAAAAGGACGCUGUACUUACCAAAUGUUUCCAUGUUUUUUGUUUUGAAUGUGUGAAGACGCGCUAUGACACCCGUCAGCGCAAAUGUCCCAAGUGUAAUGCUGCUUUUGGUGCCAAUGAUUUCCACCGCAUAUACAUUGGCUGAUCCAGUUCAAGAGCAGAAGAGGACCUGGCCAGACAGGCACUUAUUCAUUAACCGCCAAACCUCUACCUCUUCUCUCAGUUCCCUUUCCUCCUCAGACUUCACGUCCAGGUUCUCCUCUCUAGCAGCUAGAUGACUUCAGGGGAAGGGACUGGUAAAUGCAAGUUUGGGGUUUUAAAAUGAAUUAGAAACAAACUCAUAUUUGUCUUUCCUACCAGCUUUGUUUAUUUCUUGCUUUGAGACUUGAAACAUUUUUGGUUUGGGUCCAUUGUAUAAGCUUGGAUUGUCCACACUUGAGAAACCAAGUUGGUAUUUUUGAUGUGGAGAAAGGAACAAAGAGGACAGAUGCACUCUUAUUUUGGGGAAAUGACUUUGUGGAAAUAAGCUAUCCAUGGGUGCAGACUUUUCUUCAUUUGAUAGUAAAAUUUUUCUAAACUUGGAUUAUAAGAUGAUAUAAUUGUGCUCUUCUUUCCUGGGUUGUUUGAAGCCUUAAUGAAAUUAUAUCCAGGAUAAUUCAAUCCAUUUCUCAUUUGCUAGCAAAGUAACUUUUAAGGUCAGCUGGCUUUCUGUUAAAGGUAUUUAAAUUUUUAAUGUUUAACUACUUAAAGGCUUAAAUUUCUUGAGGCCAGAACAAUUUUGAACUAUUAUAGCCACUUUUGUCUUCUAAUGAAAUCAAAAUUGGGAGAAGAUGAGGAAUGGAAUGAGAUAGUGAAGAGCUCUGGGUACUCUGGGAAAUUAAAACAGAGGUCUGGGUGAGCUAUGAAUUACUCAUACCCUUUCUGCAGGGAUUGUGCUGAUCCCUGGUUUCCAGAAGAUUCUCUCUAAUGUUUCUGUAGGACUUCAUACUUCACAAGCUUCAAUUAAAGCAGGAUUCAGUCUUUUGUGUUUGUGAUUUUCCUUUUAAACGUUUUUCUUUGUUACUACUAGUUAAUUUUAUACUUUCUAUUCUAGAAAUGAAUUCUCUUAAAUAGAAGUAAUUAUCUUGGACUAAGAGGGCAGCUGUGUUUAAAGUAUUUCGUUCUCUGCUUAACUGAAGUAGUUGCUCCAGCUGUUUGAAUGAGUGUGUUCUGAGGAGAGAGAAUACCUAAAAGAUGAUGGUUUAUUUGACUACUGAAUUCUCUUCCAUAGUUAACCAUGGUGGAUAAGAUUCAGUGGUUUGUUUUUUAGGGAGUAUGUCACUGCCUGGCACUUUUAGGUUGGUGGUUCUUGAAUUAUUAGUUUUAUAAUAACCAAUGAACCAGAAAUUUCCUCUCUCUGGUAUGGAAUCAUAGAAAGUGGAUCUCUCUUGAUCCCCUACCCGUCCUAGAAGAUGUCCUUUUUUAGUUAUCGGCUGUAAUUAGUAAGAUUUGUGAUGAAUUUCAUAGUCAUAUGAUAUGGGUUAAAAAAGGAGUCUAACUGGGACACACACACACACACACACACACAGACCCAUUCACUCACCCACUCACUCACCCACCCCUAACCCCGAUGGGAUGAACCCGCCUGCUCUGGACACAUCAUGCAUUCCUAUUCAGUAAUGGGACAUUUUUUUCCUUGCUGACUGGUUGUUUUAUAGGAGAAGCUUGAGUAUAACUUUGUUGAUUGAGGGGCAGUGACUGCUUGGCCAGCAGGUGGUUUGGCUGUAGACGUUAACUGUUUAUGACAAUUGACUGAGAAAGCCAGCUGCCCCGUACCAGGAGAUCAUGGGGCUUGUGGAAUGUUGUGGAAGAAAAUACUAAUCCCCUGGGAAGCCAGUUUUUGGGGAAACUCCUCUAGUUGAGAAGUUCAGGUCCACAUGAUACAGAGUGAGCAAUCAGUCAUUUCAAAUAAUGACCAAAAAAGAACCUUUUUUUGGCAGUCUAGUGUCUCUGACUGUAGAAAUAGUAAGUGAAUGGGCUAUUAUGAAUUACCGAAUGGUACAUCAAAUUUCACUUGAGUUGUAUGUAUAUUAGUUUUAGCUUUUUGGGAUUCUUAAAGAAAUUUGGAAAAUUGACAGUCUCCUUAAGAUUAGAAACCACAACUAUAGAUCUAUUUGAACUUUAAAGAGAUUUCUUUAAAGUAACAUCUAUAAAUAUCAAUUUCAGUGAUUAUAUAGAUGUACUAGAAGCUUAUUAAACAUUUCAUAUCUUGUAGGGUUUGUCUCUUAAAUAUUUCCUUUUGUUGUUACCCUGGAAAUUUCUCACCAAUUUUGGUGAAAAUCAAGCUUGCUGUAAAGCUUGCAUCUUUAUGUGGCUUGGCUCUUUUUACUUACUGUAAGGAUUUUUUUUUCAAAAAUACUAAGCUGUUUCUGCUAGCUUCUAAAUGCUUCAUGAAUUUUCACCGGAUUCCUUGUUUCAUUCUUUGCCCAGAUUCUCAAGUGUCCUUGUUUUUCAAUGACAAAAGUUCUGUCUCUAUAGAAUGAUGCGCAUGCUGCUGGAGUGAUGAGAGUGAUGUGAUAUUGUGACAAUAAAGAUAUGAUUGUCUUUUAGAUCUACUGGGAUGGUGGUCCUUGUUUCUGCAGGACACUAUAUGCUGAUCUCUAUCCCCAGUGUCAGCCAUUUGCUGGUGGCAUGCCUUUAAAUUUUGUUCUUUAAGGGUUUUUUUGCAGGGAGGGGGUGUAAACUCAAGUCGAUUGAUAAACCCAAGUCCCAGGUGGUCUGCAGGAACAUUUUGGCUAGUUACUUACUGUCCAAGAAGUCUUCCUGGCCCACUUACAGAGCCGACUUAAGACAGCUCCACUGAGUAAGCAGAAUGUGGGUGGGUGGUGUGUAUGUGGGAAUAACACCAUGGAAACUACCUGGUAGGGAAAUCCUUGAAAAUUCCUAGAUCUUAAAGUUAGGAAACACUUGAUUUUCCCUUGACAAAGAAAAAUUGAGGUUUACCUUUUGGGGAUUUCUGCCCCAUGUUUGAUCUCUUCCCAACCUUAGCAAGUAAGGUCUUAUUGAUAGCAUACUUAACAAUGACUAAAAUUUGACUUUUAAAAGAAUGUUUGAAAAUGAAAUUCCCAUUAUCUAGCGAAGACAAAUGGUACUCAGUGAAUAUUUCCAUGAUUUAAUUCAACCUCAUUCUGCUGCCAGAUCUUCAGUUGUCUGCUUUUUUGGAUCAAUUUGUUCAUUCAAACCUUACUACUCAUUGGUUUUUCAUUCCCUAAGUGGAAACAAUCUUUUCUCAUAUAUGGAAGUAGUUUUUCAAACUGGGGUUAUCCUGAUACUUAUGAUUGUAUUUUAAAUUUUUUAUGGUUGUAGCAAAAGGAAUUAUGAAUUUGAAACUGUCACUUCUGUAGAGGUAGCCUAUAACAGCCUCUUAUGUAGGUUCUUUUUUUUUUUUUUUUCCCCUUUCAGUACUGGGGAUUACACCUGGGGCCUUGCACAUGCUGAGCAAGUGCUGUACCACUGAGCUACAUUCCCACAUCCGUAGCUCUUAUCGUAGGGUUUUUGAGAGAAGUUGUGAUCAAAAUUUGAACAGUAGUGUAUUCACAAUAAUACUAUGCCUGGAAGACUUCACAGUGCUGCAUAUAGAGUGGAGUGAUUUGAAAGGUAGGCUGUGAGAGCUGAAAAGGACCUUGGACCACUCACACCACAUCUGUACUUUAGAGAAGAGGAAAUGAGCUCCAGGGUCGCCCAGUUGAGGCACAGAGUAAGUGGAGACUUGUACCCAUAGUGUUUGUCAUCAGGAAGAUAAGAAGUACUUGUAUUUUCUGAGUAAUUUCGAAGUCUCUGUGAAGAUAUACAGAAACCUAGCAUUUAUAUCCUGAUAAUUCAGAUGUAAGUAGGCAGACCUUGGGUAAGUACUGCUCUUUGUUUCUGGGUCCAUUAGAGGUUCAGCAGUACACCUUUGCUUCAGUUUCUUGUCUGUAAAAAAAUGACUGUGAUGAGAUUGCACUGGGAGUGAAAUGAAUCAGUAUGUAGGAUGUAUUCCGUAUAGUGCCUGGUGUUUAUUAAAUGCUCAGUAAAAAACUAAUGUUGUAAUAAAACUGAGAGGUAAAUUUUCUUUCUGCGUACAUGUUUUUCCUAUUCCUAGGAAAAUAAAAGUCUUAUUAUAUCUGCCCUGAAAUCUAGCCCACAUGUUUUUAUCUGUGCCUAUUUACCUCUAGUCUGCCUGUUCUGGUUAAAUGAUGUCAUGACCAACUCGUUCUAAAACAUCGAAAAGUUAACUUUGGCUUCUGUGAACUUAAAAUUCUUGAACAAAAAGUUCCUAUAGUCUUCUGGAUACAAGUUGAAUUUAGCAGAGUGAUCUAUGUCUGGUUUUCUGUUCCCAUUCAGGAAGCUGGUCGUCUACUUUGUGUGUAUUUCUGUCAUUUUGAACUAUUUGAAGUUCUCCAGUUCUGAUUGCCGUGGUGGAACUUUGCACAUGUUGUGCCUCGUAGUUGAGAUGCUUGUUCUCCUCCACCUUAUCUACCUGUGUGCGUGCGUGCGCGCGCGCGCACACACACACACACACACACACAGAGUCUUCUUUGUUUCCAUAGUAAUUAGUGUGUGACUGCAUUGUAUUACCAGUAUGUGUCCCUCUGUAAGACUGAGCUCCAUGGGACCAUGCCAUCAGGAUCUGCUUUCAUUUUUCUAUCUGGAGCAGCUACUCCAAUGGCUGGCUCAUAGCAGACAUCUAAAAACAGUUGAAAUAUGCAGCCUUGGCUAGGUUGACAGGUUUAUAUUCUUAUGAAAUUUGACUUUUCAAAAGAAUACGUGUGAAGAAUACAUCGGGCUAGCAGAUUCAUUUGUCAGCAGCCAAAACUGCCUGGAAUGUCAGAAACUGCCAACAUGCCCGGAACUGCAGGACUGCUGCGUGACUUGCAACUGUGCACCACUUCUUGGUCCAGCUAGCAAGCUGAGAGAAUUGAUGCUGAAUAUUAUUUUGGGGGGACAUAUGGGGCUGUGCUGGAAAUAAAUGGAUCAGUGCAAA